UCUAAAGGGAACUAACGGCCUCCUGCUGCAGUAUGAGAAGACGCUGCAGGCUGAAUUGGAGAGGAGACGAGACAACUGUAAUCAAGACAUGAAAGUGUACCAGGAGAGAAUAGAGCGCUACAGGAAGGUUUUCCAGCAGCACAAAGAGAGUUACUGCCAGAACCCUCUGGCCAAGCAGUUGCUGAUGAUUCAGUCAGGAAAAGAAGAGCUGGAAAGCAGGAUUAAAGUUUGUGAGGACCAGAUAACAGCCAAAGAGAAGGCUCUGCAGGAUCUACUAGGUCAGACAUUGUCCAUCGAAAACCCAUUGGAAAGCAUCUCUGGUCUAUUGACGGCAGCAGAGUCUCACAGACAGUCAUCGGCUCAGACUGAGGAUGACCAUCAGUCUCCACUAGACAUCUCCUCCCUCCAUGUUUCCCAGGAUGGCCAUGAGAAACACGGAGAGGGAAUUGAAGAGCAUCUAGAGAAGACCGUUGCUCACCCUCCAUCACAAGGAGACACACACUGUGACCUGUGGUCAUACCCAGAGGCAAUGGAUGGAAUACACGCUUCAGACCAGGAGGAGGGAAGUUUACUAGAGGAACAGAAGGAGAGUCUGAACACCUCCAGUACAGUGGGGAUGGAGGAGGUGAAGGAGAGGGGGACUGAGGGAGGAGACGAACAGCCUACACCCCUCAUUACUGAGGCGGAGGAGAAUGAAGGGAUGGGAGCAGCAUUCUCUCCUCAGACUCCUGCUAGAAUGAAAGCUGUGUCCAGCACCCCAACCUUCUCCCUGAACAGUAGCCACAGUGGGUCACCUAGUCAGCUAGACGGAUCCACAGUGAAAUCCCCAGGCUUCCUGUUCUCCAUGAGCUCAGCUCCUAGCCCCACCACCCCGACUUCUCUGGCUUCCACUGUGGCUUUGGACUGGGCUCAGGCCAGGAGGAAGAGCCUCCUUUCCCCUUCAGCAGCUCAUAUUUCAGCAGUGAAAAGAAACCGUCAGGAUCCAGAUCGCCAUCAGGCUUCCUGUUUGCCCGGCCAGAGUCGGAGAAGUCAGAAGAUGGAUUUGAGUUCCCCUUCAGCUCUAAGAGUCCUGGUCAACCGUCAACCAGCAGAGAGAAAGGAUCAGGGGGCUGGGGACUCCUUCCCUUUCUCCUUUAACUUCUAG